UGUCAGAAUGAGAUUUGACCUCCAGUUCUGUUUGCUGUGUUAUGGUGACCUGGCUCUUAAACACACUGCAGUUAUUGAUUUGGCUGCAUCUUUAAUUUGUUUAUCCUUUUUUAAACCUUUCCACUGUUCCCUCUGAGUGAGCCCACCUAAAUGCCUGUGAGGCAGGCAGAGAGGAAGAGAGGGGGAAUUAGCCGCUGUUGUGCAGCAUAUGCGGGGAUGAUUCAUGUAUAAGAGGCAGAGCCAGGUGCAGAGCAAGCAGGAGUUCGGACCAGCACUCAGACCCAGGAUAAGCCCAGCCUCCUCAGAGCUGGAGACCCUCUCCCCGCCACGUCUCCCACCCUCACCCCGCGCCUCCCUCAGUGACAUGUACCCUGAAGAGAGCCGGGGCUCCGGAGGGGUAGCUGCUGUGGACUUCCUGGAAGGGACGUACGACUAUGCCACCCCCACCCCUGCCCCAACGCCUCUUUACAGCCACUCAAGCACUGGCUACUACUCUGCUCCUCUGGACGCCCAGGGACCACCGUCUGAUGGCAGCCUUCAUUCUCUGGGGAGUGGGCCGACCAGUCCUCUUGUGUUUGUGCCCACCAGCCCGAGGCUCAGCCCUUUUAUGCAUGCUCCGAACCACCACUAUCUGGAAACAGCCUCAACACCAGUUUACAGAUCCAGUCACCAGCCAGCCUCCAGAGAGGACCAGUGUGACACCCGUGACGAUGCAUGCAGUGUGGGGGAGCUCAGAGCAGGAGCCGGAGGGUUUGAGAUGGCCAAGGAGACACGAUUCUGCGCUGUUUGUAGCGACUAUGCCUCCGGGUACCACUAUGGGGUGUGGUCUUGUGAGGGUUGCAAGGCCUUCUUCAAGAGAAGCAUUCAGGGUCACAAUGACUAUAUGUGCCCGGCGACCAAUCAGUGUACUAUUGACAGGAAUAGGAGGAAGAGCUGCCAGGCUUGCCGUCUUAGGAAGUGCUACGAAGUUGGCAUGAUGAAAGGGGGUGUUCGUAAAGACCGCGGUCGUGUUCUUAGGCGUGACAAAAGACGGCCGGGCAUCAGUGACAGAGAAAAGACUGUUAAAGGCCCGGAGAACAGAGCUGCACCCCAUCAUGAUAAGAGGAGACGCAGCACUGCCCUUGGAGGAGGAAGAUCUUCAGUUUCCAGCCUGCCAUCUGAACAGGUUCUGCUCCUGCUUCAGGGUGCUGAGCCUCCAAUGCUGUGCUCCCGUCAAAAACUGAGCCGACCCUAUACUGAGGCCACCAUGAUGACCCUGCUCACCAGCAUGGCUGACAAGGAGCUGGUCCACAUGAUCGCCUGGGCGAAGAAGCUUCCAGGUUGGAUCGCAGAAAGCUUUUAA